UAUCUGAAGGGGCAGUUUAAGGGGAUAUUGUCUGAGACGAUAGUACAUUUGCGAUAUGAAAUGCAAGGAAAGAAGACCUUUCAAGAGAGCAACUAUGUCCUAUGAACUACAAGCUAACCCGAAUGGACCCCAGGCAACCCCUAAAUCACCAGUUGGGCUUCUUAGGAGGAAGAGGGGUCAAGAAGCAAUUCCUUUGAUGCAACCCACUAUGAUGAUGUUCUCCACCAAAUAUUGGGCUCGGCAAGGUCGAUCUUUGUAUUCAGCAAUGAAUGAUCAACAACACCUUGCAGCCUUCAUGCUACGCAGGACAUCCUCUAAUCAGAUAGAUGAAAGACCUGAUAAAGAACCAAAAUCCACUCAUGGCCUUGGGACAUUAGCAGAUAUUCUCUCCCUGAAGUAUGAAGUGGGCUGUCUGGUGAAAGCACUGAGACUCUUUCAGGAGAAGCAUGUGAAUUUGUCCCACAUUGAGUCUCAGAGAUCCAAGAGAGUCAUCAAUGAGGUGGAGAUCUAUGCAGAGUGCAACUGCACAAAAAUAAAAGAGUUAGUGGUACAGCACCUGAAAGACCACAUCAACAUGGUCUCAUAUAACACACCUCAACACGUGUGGUCUGCAGAGACCCACUGUUUGCACUGUGUGUGUUUUUUGGGUGGCUUGCAAGAUGGGAAAGGAAUACCACGGUUUCCCCAAAAGAUCUCAGAGCUGGGCCAGUGCUCUCACAGAGUGCUAAUGUAUGGCUCAGAACUGGAUGCUGACCAUCCAGGCUUUAAAGACAAAGUGUAUCGGGAAAGAAGGAAGUACUUUGUGGAUGUUGCAAUGAACCACAAAUUUGGGCAGCCCAUCCCAUGGAUCAAGUACUCACCAGAGGAAGUGAAGAAAUGGGGAGUAAUUUUCAGAGAACUUAAACUCUAUCCAGCUUACGCCUGCCGCGAGUACUUAAAAAACAUCCCUCUUCUCACAAAGCAUUGUGUUUAA